AUGGCGAAGUUACCUCUCGUCUCCGCGAAGGUGAACUACCAGAAAGCGCUGAACCUCAUGAAGCGCGAUCCGCAAAAAGCGACGUUGUAUAUUCUCGGUCUCGCGCCGGCGAUUUUACUCCUCGCGAUCGUCUUGGCGGCGAUGGCGGUCUUGUCCAUUCCGGUUGGGAUUUUAGGUUCGUACGCUUUGAAAGCGAUGAACUUGAGAGACUGGGAAGAACCGAUCGACCCCGAGGCGGAGAUGACGUACGAGGAGAAGUAUCCACAAAUUGCGGCAAAGACGAGCGGGUUGAGCGCGGUUCCGACGUACAAGAAGUGGGUGGAUCCACUUCCCAAGUCCGACGCGUUUGCGGUUAUCGAUAAAAUCAUGUCUGAGCGGGUCAUGAUCAUCGACGGCGCGAUGGGAACGUCCGUUCAAGCGUACAAGUUGAAGGAGGAGGAUUUCCGUGCGGAGAGGUACAAAGACCACGAGAACGAUUUGAAAGGCAACAACGAUAUUUUGGUUUUGACUCGACCGGAUGUUAUCAAGGAGAUUCACUCUGCGUACUUGGCGGCUGGUGCUGAUAUUAUCGAGACGAACACUUUCAACGCGACUAUGAUUUCUCAGGCGGAUUACGCUUUGGAUAGGAAACAAGACGUUUGGGACAUCAACGUCGCGGCGGCGAAGUUGGCCAAAGAAUGCUGCGUUGAGUUCACUAAGAAGGAUCCGUCUAAGCCGAGGUUUGCGGCUGGUGCUAUUGGCCCGACGAAUCGUACGUUGUCGGUGAGUCCGUCUGUGGAGAACCCGGCGUUUCGCGCGUGUACUUUUGAUGAGAUUGUCGAAGCGUAUUACGAGCAAACGGAGGCGUUGAUUGAAGGUGGCGUGGAUGUUCUUUUGGUGGAAACUAUCUUUGAUACGCUGAACGCCAAAGCGGCUUUGUUUGCGGUGAACAAGUACUUCGCAAACUGGGGAAAGAAAAUCCCGGUUUUCGUUUCCGGUACCAUCGUCGAUAACUCUGGCCGUACUUUGUCCGGUCAAACGAACGAGGCAUUUUGGAACUCCGUUUCGCACGCGAAACCGAUCGCGAUUGGUUUGAAUUGCGCCUUGGGUGCUCAAGAUAUGGUUCCGUACAUUGACAACUUGUCGAAAUGCGCGGAUUGCUGGGUCUUUGCUUACCCGAACGCCGGUUUGCCAAACGCCAUGGGCGGCUACGAUCAAAAAGGUCCAGAAAUGGCCAAGGAUUGCGAGACGUUCUUUGAGAAAAACUUAUUGAACGCCAUCGGUGGAUGCUGUGGGACUACGGCUGAGCACAUUGCGAGUUUGGCCGAACUCGGGGCGAGGUACAAACCAAGACAACGCCACGACGUUCCGGAGCAAAUGCGUUUAUCCGGUUUGUUGCCGUUUAACUACGAUCCGAACGAGAAGGACAUGCGCAAAUCGUUCAUCAACUUGGGCGAAAGGUGCAACGUUGCCGGUUCGAGCAUCUUCAAGAAGGCUAUCGUUGAUGGUAACUUCGAGAAAGCUUUGGCGAUUGCGUUGAAGCAAGUUGAAAAUGGUGCGCACGUGAUUGACAUCAACAUGGACGACGGUUUAAUCGACGGUAAAUCCGCGAUGACUAAGUUUGUGAAUUUGUUAGUUUCUGAGCCGGAUGCUUCUAAAGUGCCGUUUAUGAUCGACUCGAGUAAAUUUGAUGUCGUCGAAGCUGGUUUGAAGUGUUCGCAAGGUAAAUGCAUCAUGAACUCUAUUUCUUUGAAGGCUGGUCAAGAUCAAUUCUUGAAGGAUGCGGCUCUCGUCAAGGCGCACGGCGCCGCGGUGGUUGUCAUGGCAUUCGACGAGGAGGGUCAAGCGGCUACUGAAGCGGAGAAGGUUCGCAUCUGUUGCCGAGCGUUCAAGUUACUCGUCGAAGAGGUUGGCUUCAACCCGCAAGAUAUCAUCUUUGACCCGAAUAUUCUUACCAUCGGUACCGGCAUGGAAGAGCACAACAACUACGCGGUUGACUUUAUCAACGCGACGCGUGAGAUUAAGCGUUUGUGCCCUGGAUGUAAGAUUUCUGGUGGCGUUUCGAACUUGGCGUUUUCGUUUCGAGGGAACGAGCCUGUUCGAAGAGGAUUCCACUCGGCGUUUUUGUACCACGCGUGCAAAGCCGGCAUGGAUAUGGGUAUCGUCAACGCCGCUCAGGUUGAAGAAGAUGUUUACGAGAAUAUCGACAAGGAGCUUUUGGAGUACAUCGAGGACGUUUUGUUGAACCGCCGUGAGGAUGCUACGGAGAGAAUGCUCGAUUUUGCUGCAACUUUGGAUCCAAAGUCUGGGCCGUGCGAACUUCGCCGACUCGGUCAAGAACCGGCUGCGCCAAAAUUCGAAGCCGAUCCGAGACAAAACUAUUCCAAGGAGAAUAAAAUUGCCCCGCCAGAUCCAAAGACGUUACCGCCGGUUCCGACGUACAAGAAGUGGGUGGAUCCACUUCCCAAGUCUGACGCGUUUGCGGUUAUCGAUAAAAUCAUGUCUGAGCGGGUCAUGAUCAUCGACGGCGCGAUGGGAACGUCCGUUCAAGCGUACAAGUUGAAGGAGGAGGAUUUCCGUGCGGAGAGGUACAAAGACCACGAGAACGAUUUGAAAGGCAACAACGAUAUUUUGGUUUUGACUCGACCGGAUGUUAUCAAGGAGAUUCACUCUGCGUACUUGGCGGCUGGUGCUGAUAUUAUCGAGACGAACACUUUCAACGCGACUAUGAUUUCUCAAGCGGAUUACGCUUUGGAUAGGAAACAAGACGUUUGGGACAUCAACGUCGCGGCGGCGAAGUUGGCCAAAGAAUGCUGCGUUGAGUUCACUAAGAAGGAUCCGUCUAAGCCGAGGUUUGCGGCUGGUGCUAUUGGCCCGACGAAUCGUACGUUGUCGGUGAGUCCGUCUGUGGAGAACCCGGCGUUUCGCGCGUGUACUUUUGAUGAGAUUGUCGAAGCGUAUUACGAGCAAACGGAGGCGUUGAUUGAAGGUGGCGUGGAUGUUCUUUUGGUGGAAACUAUCUUUGAUACGCUGAACGCCAAAGCGGCUUUGUUUGCGGUGAACAAGUACUUCGCAAACUGGGGAAAGAAAAUCCCGGUUUUCGUUUCCGGUACCAUCGUCGAUAACUCUGGCCGUACUUUGUCCGGUCAAACGAACGAGGCGUUUUGGAACUCCGUUUCGCACGCGAAACCGAUCGCGAUUGGUUUGAAUUGCGCCUUGGGUGCUCAAGAUAUGGUUCCGUACAUUGACAACUUGUCAAAAUGCGCGGAUUGCUGGGUCUUUGCUUACCCGAACGCCGGUUUGCCAAACGCCAUGGGCGGCUACGAUCAAAAAGGUCCAGAAAUGGCCAAGGAUUGCGAGACGUUCUUUGAGAAAAACUUAUUGAACGCCAUCGGUGGAUGCUGUGGGACUACGGCUGAGCACAUUGCGAGUUUGGCCGAACUCGGGGCGAGGUACAAACCAAGACAACGCCACGAGGUUCCGGAGCAAAUGCGUUUAUCCGGUUUGUUGCCGUUUAACUACGAUCCGAACGAGAAGGACAUGCGCAAAUCGUUCAUCAACUUGGGCGAAAGGUGCAACGUUGCCGGUUCGAGCAUCUUCAAGAAGGCUAUCGUUGAUGGUAACUUCGAGAAAGCUUUGGCGAUUGCGUUGAAGCAGGUUGAAAAUGGUGCGCACGUGAUUGACAUCAACAUGGACGACGGUUUAAUCGACGGUAAAUCCGCGAUGACUAAGUUUGUGAAUUUGUUAGUUUCUGAGCCGGAUGCUUCUAAAGUGCCGUUUAUGAUCGACUCGAGUAAAUUUGAUGUCGUCGAAGCUGGUUUGAAGUGUUCGCAAGGUAAAUGCAUCAUGAACUCUAUUUCUUUGAAGGCUGGUCAAGAUCAAUUCUUGAAGGAUGCGGCUCUCGUCAAGGCGCACGGCGCCGCGGUGGUUGUCAUGGCAUUCGACGAGGAGGGUCAAGCGGCUACUGAAGCGGAGAAGGUUCGCAUCUGUUGCCGAGCGUUCAAGUUACUCGUCGAAGAGGUUGGCUUCAACCCGCAAGAUAUCAUCUUUGACCCGAAUAUUCUUACCAUCGGUACCGGCAUGGAAGAGCACAACAACUACGCGGUUGACUUUAUCAACGCGACGCGUGAGAUUAAGCGUUUGUGCCCUGGAUGUAAGAUUUCUGGUGGCGUUUCGAACUUGGCGUUUUCGUUUCGAGGGAACGAGCCUGUUCGAAGAGGAUUCCACUCGGCGUUUUUGUACCACGCGUGCAAAGCCGGCAUGGAUAUGGGUAUCGUCAACGCCGCUCAGGUUGAAGAAGAUGUUUACGAGAAUAUCGACAAGGAGCUUUUGGAGUACAUCGAGGACGUUUUGUUGAACCGAUGUUCGAACGCGACGGAGAGAAUGCUUCAAUUCGCGGCGACUUUAGACCCGAAAUCUGGACCGUGCAACCUCCGCCGCAAAGGCCAAGCUGCCGGCGGUGCCGCGAAAAAGAAAGAUAACGGAAAGGCUUGGAGAAACGAAAAAGUCGGUAAACGUCUCGAGUAUGCUCUCGUGCAUGGUAUCGAUGAGUUCUGCAUCGCCGAUACCGAAGAGUGCCGAACGUCUGGUUCGUUUGCAUCCUGCCUUGAGAUCAUUGAAGGACCGCUCAUGGAUGGCAUGAACGUAGUCGGGGAUUUGUUUGGUGCCGGGAAAAUGUUUUUGCCGCAAGUAAUCAAAUCAGCAAGAGUAAUGAAGAAAUCUGUCGGACACUUGCUUCCGUUUAUGCAGGCGGCGAAAGAUGCCGCCGGCGAUACUUCGAGCUCUAGUGCCGGGACGUUCUUGAUUGCAACUGUGAAGGGUGACGUGCACGAUAUUGGGAAGAACAUCGUCGCCGUUGUCUUGGGGUGCAACAACUUCAAAGUCAUAGAUAUUGGCGUAAUGUGUCCAUGCCAAACCAUCCUUGAUGCCGUGAAAGAAAACAACGCCGAUAUUCUCGGAUUAUCCGGUCUCAUCACUCCAUCUUUGGACGAGAUGGUGACAGUUGGGAAAGAGAUGGAAAAAGCUGGUUUGAAGAUUCCGUUACUCAUCGGUGGUGCGACGACAUCCAAGAUGCACACGGCGGUCAAAAUGGCCCCAGUGUACUCUGGCGGUGUCGUUCACGUUCUCGAUGCGUCUAGAGCCGUCCCAGUUGCUCAAACUCUCAUGGAUAUGACAAAACGUCCGGAGUUUUUGGAUGAUAUCAAAGAAACGUACGAGGAGAUGCGCGAGGAAUUCUUCGCCGGUCUCGAAGAUCGAAAAUACUUAUCCCUCGCGAAAGCGCGAGAGUCGGUCACGUUGCCAGAUUUCUCCUCCGCGGAGCACAAACCAGUAAAGCCGAAGUUUUUAGGAACGAAGGCAUUGAAGGACGUCCCGAUUGCUGACGUGAUCCCGUACAUUGAUUGGAACCCAUUCUUUCAAGUCUGGCAACUUAGAGGCCGAUACCCAAACAGAGGCUACCCGAAAAUUUUCAACGACGAAAACGUCGGGAUGGAGGCGAAAAAGCUAUUCGAUGAGGCAAACGCGAUGUUAGAUCAAAUGAAAAACCAGAAACAGUUGACAUUGAACGGUUUGCUCGCUUUCUACGCGUGCAACGCUGUCGGUGACGAUAUCGAAGUUUACAACGGCGAGGACGCCGCUUCCGGCAAGCGCUGCUCGUUCCACACGAUUCGUCAGCAAGCUGAAAAAGAUACUGAAGAACCGUACAUGGCUUUGUCUGACUUUAUUGCACCGAAAGAUUCUAACGUUACCGAUUAUCUCGGCAUGUUUGUCUGCACGGCUGGUCUGGGUUUGGACAAGUUGACACAGUCUUUCAAAAAGAACAACGACGACUACUCGUAUAUUAUGGCGGAGGCUUUAGCUGAUCGUUUAGCCGAAGCAUUCGCGGAAUUACUCCACGCUCAAGUUCGUAAAGAUCACUGGGGAUACGCACCGGAUGAAUCUCUCAACGCUGAUGACUUGUUGAAGGUAAAGUACCAAGGCAUUCGCCCAGCGCCGGGGUAUCCGUCGCAACCUGAUCACACCGAGAAGGCCACGAUGUGGGAUUUGAUGAAAUGUAAGGAAGAGAUUGGCGUCGAGUUGACGGAGUCCUUCGCCAUGCUGCCGGCGGCCUCUGUGUCUGGCUUAUACUUUGGCGGUAAAUCUGCAGAAUACUUCAAUGUUGGUAAGAUUGAGAAGGAUCAAGUGGAAGAAUACGCCUCGAGAAAAGGAAUGGAUGUGGCUACCGUUGAGAAGUGGUUGGGGCAAAACUUGGCGUACCACGUGGAAUAA